AUGAAAAAGAAAAUAGAUUAAUUUUAUAGCCUCGAAGAUUUACUUAACUCUCGGCUAUCUUAACACAUAGAUAUAUUGAUCAAUGUUAGUUUUAAUAAAAUUGGUGAUAAUGGAGCAUAAAGCUUAGGCUUUUGUUUAGGAUAAUGCACUAAUCUUUCAACUUUAACACUUUAAACAAGCCAUAAUUUAAUCAGUAUGUAAGGAGCAUAGGAAUUAGGUUUUGGCAUAGCAAAGUGCAUUAACCUCUCAAAUUUGAAAAUCAAUCUUCAUAAAAAUCCAAUAGGCACAUAAGGUAUAUCAAAUUUGGUCUCUUGUUUAGCUAAAUGCAAAUAACUCUCAACUUUGACUCUAUAACUUGAUUAAAACUCAAUAAAUGAUGAUGGGGCAUCAAGUUUGGCUUCUGGACUAGCUUAGUGUGUUAAUCUUUCUAUUUUAACACUUGACCUAUGUAACAAUUAAAUAAGUGCAUAAGGUGCAUCAAGCUUGGGUUCUGUUUUACCUUAACUUACCAAUCUUUCAUCACUAACACUUUAUCUAUACAACAAUGUAAUUGAUGAUGGUGGAGCCUCAGGUCUAGGUUUUGGUUUAGCUUAAUGCACUAAACUCUCAACUUUAACGCUUGACCUAAGUGGUAAAAAUCUUAUUGGUGCAAAAGGAGCAUCAGGUUUGGGUUAGGGUUUAGCUUAGUGUUAUAAUCUCUCCAUAUUAAAACUCUAGCUUAAUAAUAAUUCAAUUCUAGAUAAUGGUACAUCAAGUUUGAGUUAUGGUAUAGCUAAUUGUACUAAUCUCUAAACUUUAACUUUAGACCUAAGUUGUUCGAAUUAGAUUAGUGAAUAGGGCUAAUUAGAUUUAGGUAUUGGUUUGGCUAAGUGUGCUAAUCUUUCAAAUUUGGUGCUUAACCUAAGUAACAAUUUAAUUGACGAUAAGGGUGUAUCUGGAUUGGGUUCAGGUUUAGCUUAGUGUGCUAAUCUAUCAACUUUGUAACUUAACCUCAAUUAAAAUUCAAUAGGAGAAUAGGGCGCAUCAGACUUAGGUUUCAGUUUAGGUAAAUGUGUUAAUCUCUCUACUUUAAUACUUGACCUUAUUGGGUCAGAUUUGGGUUCUGGUUUUAAUUUGAGUCCUAAUUUGUUCAGUCAGAAACAAAAUUUCAGUGGCAAAAAUUUAAUAGGUUCAAAUGGUGCUUCAAACUUAGGUUCUGGUUUAGCCAAAUGCACUAAACUCUCUAAUUUAACUCUUAAUCUUCACAAUAAUAAAAUUUAAAAUGAAGGUGCAUUUGGCUUAGGUUUUGGUUUAGCUUAGUGUCCUAAUCUCUCAACUUUGACACUAAAUCUUCAUAAAAAUUCAAUUGGUCCUUAUGAACCAUAGUUUUUCAAUUCUGAAUUAUCUUAGUGCCAAAAUCUAUAGGAUUUGAAAAUAUAUCUCUAUUAUAACUCAUUAGGUGAUGAAGGAGUAAAAAUCUUAGGUUAUUGUUUAUCUAAGUGCACUAAUCUCUCAGUUUUGUCUCUUCAUCUUUAAGCCAAUUCAAUCAGUGCAUAAGGUGCAUUAAGAUUAGGAUAGAGUUUAUCCCUAUGCCCUAAACUCUCAAAUUUAGACUUAAACCUCAGCAGUAACUUAAUUAUGGAAGAGGGUGUAUCAUAUCUGUGUUUAAACUUAUCUUAAUGUAAUAGUGUCUUAAUUUUGAUACUUAGUCUUAAUGAUGUGUAUUCAUAUGAUUAAGAAGCUGAUUAAUCAUUUAGAAAAUUAAUUCUUAAAAUGAAGAGUUUGGUGAAAAGUAUUAUCGAUUGCUCAUGA